AAGAACCAAAAACAAAAAGAUAGUUGGGAUGAUAUUUGUGAGAAGAUUAAGUCUUGGUUCACAAAGUCGACUAGUAAUAAAGAAGAUUCUUUAGAAACCACCUUACCACAAGUCAAAUUUGAGAAUCAAUUCUCUAUAUUUGAUUUAAAGUUUUAUACAAGAUACAAAGAGUAUAUUGAUGAUAUAAAGAAAGAAGAACCUAAAAAAUAUCAAAAAUACAAGAUGUGGUUUAGCUAUUUUGAUGCAUAUGCACGUUCAUAUCACAAUCUCUUUAAUGAUGGCGUGCAUUAUUAUAAUAAUGAUAGUUGGGAAAUAGUUGAACACAGAAGAGAAUUUUAUGAACUCGAUUUUGA